GUCAGUAGCCGCAGCACUGUGAACUAAAUUGUCACAAUUUGCCUUAAUCGGCUUAAUUUUUAUUGGACUAAUAGCAAUUAGAUAAAUCGAAACUGUGAAUUCAAUUAAGCAAACGGGCUGCUCGCUAAAUUACAACUACAAUCAAAAAUAUUGUCUGAAAGCUGAAAUCCAGUGUUUGUCUCCGAUCGAUCGAUCGAUCGAUAAAAAACAAUGGACAGCGGUCCUUUUGAAGACCCAUCGUUCGGUAACUAUUCCAAUCAACCUCUGCCGUCUUUGAGUUCCACUCUUCUUCAAAACAAACACGGAGACAAUCUCAACACUCAUUCGAUACAAAUGAUGCUGGGUCUCCAGGAGCAGCAGGACAUGUUCGGCGGUAUGAACUCGUCUUUGGAUUAUAAAGGACAAACGUCGAAAAUGGACAAUUCACCGAUGCAACACGAUCUCGGACUGUUCCAUCAUGGUAUGGAAAGUGUUAACAACAACGAAUCGAAUGGUAAUAAAAGGAAAAACGACGAUAUCAUAAUCCUUCGUUCACAACAGAGUAUGCCUAGUUCUGAGAUUCCUUCGUCGACUUCUAAUACUACCCAGAAAAAGAAUGAAAAAAAGAAAGGGGAGACAAACGGGGUGAAGAAGAAAAAGACAAGAACAACAUUUACUGCUUUCCAGUUGGAAGAAUUAGAAAGAGCGUUCGAACGAGCUCCUUAUCCGGACGUGUUUGCACGCGAAGAAUUGGCUUUGAAACUAAACCUGAGCGAGUCCAGGGUUCAGGUUUGGUUCCAGAACCGUCGAGCCAAAUGGCGAAAACGGGAACCACCUCGAAAAACCGGUUACAUUGCAUCCAACUCUCCCAACUCCAACAUUGCCUCCAAUUUUAAUAACCCCCUCAAUUCAUUUACUCAAAAUAACCCCUCCUUAGGCACUACAACGUCAGUUGACUCCUGGAGCUACCCCUCGACGUACGAGUUGGGGCCUCACUUAAACUUGAUCAACUCCCCAUCGGCGCCCUAUUCAGGUUUUGGCUCUCCCCAAAACGGGUACUCCUACAUGCUAAACACUCACGAUGGUCAAUUGUUUAGCGCUCCGAUGAGAAGUCACGAAUAUGGGGCCCCGUUGGCCAACCAGAGUCCGCCAAUAUCCCGGGAAUAUUCCAUGUUGCAAACCCAUUCUCCCACAGGAGAGGAAAACUCGAUGGGAGCAAAAAUCGAGUAUGUUGAACACACAUUAAGCGGGUCACCCGAGAGGUACUCGAACAUGUCACCUAAAUACGAAUCGGAGCUCAUACAGGAGGUCAAACCCAACACGAACUACGACUCGAGAGUUAAGGAGAUUAAGACGGAAAACGGAAAUAGCUACGUAACGCUACCCCCUUUUUUGAAUUAGUUAUGUCCUUGAAACGAAGGGGCAAAUGAUUAAGGAAAAUUUCAAAUCCUUGUUAAUGCAUACAAAUUCAAAAACAUAUGCCAAAGAAUAUUUUUAAUAGUUAGUUACGUAAUAGUGGGAGACUACGUUAGUGGCCCAUAAAUUCGAAGUGGGCCAUUAUGAGAUUAUUACAGAAAUAGAUUGGGGUUUCACAACAUUUUUAUUUCGCAAUCUACAGUAGACAAGGGACUUCUCAAUCAUUAAAAUUGGUUAAAAGUUAGCUACAAUAACCAAAUCAAUAUUGACCAACUUUAACGCCUCCUGAUGGAGGGACACCCGAUUAAUUAAUUUUUGCAAUAAUCUUAGAUGGUACAUCCCUUGCACUAGAGCAGGGCUUCUUAAACUUUUUUCAUUCACAACCCCAUUUAUGAUUGCGAGUUUCCUGGCGACCCCUUAUAAAUAUAAAAGAAAGAUAAAUAAAAUUAAAAAAAACAA